UUAAGUGAUAGGUCUAUUCUGUACUUCAUCUGUGUAUGAACGAACCUACUGACAUAAAUUUUGUUUGUAAACAAGAGGAAAAAAUUUACGAUGGAUGCACGAAGACGAGACAGAGAACAAAUUGGGUUAUGUGGGGUUGACAGAAUUUGGGGUAAAUCGCCAACACGAAUCGAAGAUUCCGAUGAAGAUGACGAGUUUCAUAAAUAUAAGGAUAGCAUUAUACUGAAAGAUAGGAAAAGGAAACAUGAGAUGAAGAAGAAGAAAAGUAAAAAACUAAAAAAGGAGAAGAAAGCCAAAAAGGAAAAAAAGAAAAAGCGCAAGAAAAAGAAGAAAAAGUCAGACAGUAGUUCUGGUAGUGAUUCUGAAGAAUUAGAAUGGGUAGAAAAGAAUGGAUCCAAUGACAAAGCAAAAGUUAAGAGAGGAUCCAGUUCAGAUGAUAGUGGCGAUGAGAGCAUAUUAGGUCCAGUUCAGAAACCACAUGUCACAUUGUCUGCUAAAGACUUUGGUAAGGCUCUUUUACCAGGAGAAGGUGCUGCCAUGGCUGCAUACGUGGCAGAAGGAAAACGUAUUCCUAGAAGAGGUGAAAUUGGUUUGACAUCUGAAGAAAUUGCUUCCUAUGAAUCUGUUGGCUAUGUUAUGAGUGGCAGCAGACAUCGACGAAUGGAAGCUGUCCGUAUUCGUAAAGAAAAUCAAAUUUAUUCUGCUGAUGAAAAACGCGCGUUAGCCAUGUUUAGUAAAGAAGAACGACAAAAACGAGAGAAUCUCAUUUUGGGGCAAUUUAGAGAAAUGGUUAACCAGAAAUUAGCACAGGAGCAAAAGAACAAAUGAUAUAAUUGUUUUA